AUGUGGCCGAAGAUGCGUGGUCCCCGUGCCGGUCACUCUUCUUCGUCAGACGGAGGAAGACGAGGUGCGACAUACACUGCAGCAGUGCCUUCCGCCACCACCGUCACCGCUGCAUCCACGACACUAUUGCGUGCUCGCCCCAAGGGGCAUUCGGAGCCGUGUUCCCCACAGCUGUCGAGUAAUUUAAGCUUGCCGCCAACCCGCACCAUUUUCAUAAAAAAUGUGCCGCCAACUGUGGACAAUAGUCACAAAUUACUGCCGUUUGUGCCCAAUGAGGGACUUUUCUCCCUGCGGGUGAAACGCACUGGUGGCCGCGACGUCGGGUUUGCUGAGUACCAAACGCUAGAGUCUGCUCAGCAAGCGAUGCAGUGGUUUUAUAGGCUGGAGGUCACUGCAGGCAUCGCAUUUAAUUGUUUUCCUCAGUUGCUGCGCUCUUGGACCCCAAUUGCGCCAAGGUUUCGCUACCCGGUUCCGUACGAUGAGUACAACUGCUGCGCUGCAGACCCCGCCCGCUCUACGGAGUUGCUGCUGAACAGCGUCAUACUUAUGGCGGAGUGGUCCCUCAGUACUCCGACGUAUCGCCCCGCUUUUGACUCUUUCGUUGCAUCUUCGCAGCCCUCGUCGCCCGAACAUUAUCACGACUUGGCUCAGACGACCAUGGAGUGUGCACCACAAGAGUUAUUUCAAGCGUCACGCGUUGGGUUUAGUUCGUUUCCAGGGCACCAUCACGCAGACCCCUCCGCAGACACGGAGCUGCCCCAAAGGGCGCCGAGGCCGCACACUGCCCCCCGGGGAGUAGUUUUUAGAACCUCUGGGAGGGGGUCCACGGCGGAAGCGAGAGGCAGCGGGGGACGCAGUGAAACCGCGGCGGGGUGCCCACUAAGGGGUUGGGAGCCUGCGCAAGAGACAGCUUCAACUGGAUGUCGCCGCCGAGAAUCAAAAACUCUCUGCCCUCAGGGUCAGCGGGGCACUGGGUCCUCUCUCGCACGCAACACGCCCUUCUUGUCGCCUGACAAAGUCUCUCAACGGGGAGCGUGGGAUUCUACUCUUGCGUCGGCGGUGUUGGAUGACAAGGAUCUCCCCAGCAGUACACUUUUUUUGCGGGUUACAGGCAAUGGACAGCGUCGUCGACGCGAGGUUUCACCGUCCUCGCUGAGUCCGGGCGCGUCUUUCCGAAGAGAGGGAGAUAGAAUCGGUGCAGCGACUAGGGACUCUGAAGCCUCUCCAUGCUUGCAAUAUCGCAAUCGACGCAAGCCGCGGAGUCAGCAAGGGCCGCAGCUACGAAGUCUCUCUCCCGAGGGGUGGUCGCGCUUCCACCACCGGCACCAAAAGUGUUGUGUGAGGCAAAUCCCAUUGGGGGGGACGCCACUCACUCAGCAAAUGACAGUUGCAACGAGUUUGGAUGACGCAGUACCGCCACCCGCCUCGGAUAAAGAAGAUCCAGUCUGCAGUGAGUUCGUAGUGGAUGAAGCGUCCAUAUCGCCAGUUUUAUUGUCGCCGAUCGACAACAGCGAAGGUGGCGACACUGAGGAUGCAAUAGUGGAGACGAUCCUGAGCUGCAACUUCUUCUCGGAGCGUUUUGCUGGGGUUCGUUCGUAUGUGCCGUACUCCAGCCGGUCCGGGUUUUUGCGGUUCGAGAGAUCCGGAGAUGCGCGAAGGUGCCUGGUGUGGCUGCGGAGGCAGCCGAAUUUGGCGCCAGUGCUCAGCGUGCAGUUUGCGCGCGAGGACACAAGGCGCCGUCGUCGUCCACACAAGGCAAGGGCAGAAUGA